ACUUCGCCCAGCUCGCGCGACGUUGGCGGCAGUGUCUGCUGGACGGGGACGUGGUCGAGGGUCAUUGAGAGGCGGUGCGGCGACAGAGUGUGCAGAGAGCGGAAAAUCGAGCACAGGGCCCGAAGCGGCUAGAUGAGGUGGCGACGUCACUUCGCGUAGCGUUUGAGCUCCAUGAUCAGUGCUCAGGGCGCCGCAUCGCCGACACAGCACCACGAUGCGGCCCUCCCCGCAAUGUCUCGCGCCAGGCUUCUUCCGGCGCAGUCUGGACGAGUUGAAGCGCCUGUCCAACUACGCCCUCAAGCUCGAGGGCCUCAAGUCGCCCCGCACGCCCUUCCCGCUCGUCCACUUCGAGCAGCCCGACGACGUGCAGCGAUGCAAGCGCAUGAGCGACCGCGACAUCGGCGGCGCCUCGACGGCCGCCAUUGACUUCCACCCCGUCACGCAAACGGAGCCGCCGCACAUGCGCUUCCACGGCACCAUCUCGACGGAGCUGCCGCAGAACCAGCCGCACAUCCAGCGCACCGGCUACGCGGGCUGGCGCACCCUCGACCGCGGCUCGACCAUCUUCGGCAAGUCGCUGUGGGACGUCAGCCUGUACGCCUACCUGGCCAUCCACUUCAAGUCGGACGGCCGCAAGUACUUUGUCAACGUGCAGACCGAGUCGAUUGUGCCCACCGACAUCCACCAGCACCUGCUGCACGCCAAGGCCCCCGGCGAGUGGGAGACGAUCUUGAUCAAGUGGAGCGAGUUUGUGCGCACCAACCACGGCCAGGUCGUCGAGCCGCAGCGCGAGAUCCUGACGCAGAAGGUGCGCACCGUUGGCAUCUCGCUGAUCGACCGCAUACCCGGGCCGUACGACCUGAGCAUCAGCAAGGUGUGGGCGACGAAUGCGACGAGCGACGACGACAUUCUGGCCGGCGUCACGGGCAAUAUCGGGGACGCGCUGACGCGCUGA